AUGCGUAUGUUUGAGUCAUUAUGCACAUUGGCACUUUUUACAGAGUAUUUCGCGCAGGAGUCAACUAAAAGAUCAUACCAGGAUGCGAUGGGUUGCUUAAUCCAAGAUGCCGUUUCGCUAAGAAAGCGACAGAAGCUGCUGUUCUCAAAACUCUAUUCGCAUAUCCAAACUCUGGUAAACCUGGUAGAGGAAACGGCCACCAGUCUCACUGCUACUUCCACCCAAGCACAGUCAUCAGAUAGUCUCAACUUGAGCUGCAGCAGCGCUCUGUCCAAUCAUGGAGCACUGGAUAACACACCUAAUGGCAUUUCCGAAAAACCCGCUGAGCCAAAGCAGUCUGAAGUACGCCUCGACAUUGUUGUACCCCCCGAAGUAAUUGAGGAUAAAAAUGGACACAACGAGCCAGAUAUUGCACUUCAGGAGAAACUUACCGCCCUAGCUGCUGAGGUCCGAGCUUUAGAUGCACACAGACAUGGAAUGAUAAACUACCGUGAAUUCAAAUCUCAUUAUGUGAAUUUGGGUGCGGAGUUGUUCAAAUCAGGGGAGGUGAAGGACAUCGACCUUCUUCCCCGAAUUUCCUUUGACGAGCAGUUGAUUGUUCAAAUGAUUGGUAUGCAUCUUUUGCAUUAUGGGUUAUUUGACGUAUAUUACGAGCUAGAAGCCGAGAUUAUUAAACGCUGGGGGCUGGAUUGCCGAGCCCUUGUUUCGGGUGCUGUGUUCAGCGCGUACAAAAUGUUGCACAAGCUGCUUGCACGCUUACGUAAUAACGAUAUCCAGUCACUUAUCGAUUGGGCCACCAAGCAGCGAACGGAGUCUCAUAUACAUGAAGGACGCUUCAACGCUCUUUUGAUGAAUCUGCAUAAGGUUCAUCUUUUGGGUGACCUUUAUGUUUCAUCUGAGGGGGUAAUGGGUGUGAAAGAGUUUCAGAUAUCUCCGGAACGCAUUUUGCAAGUUCAGAAAAGCCAGCUGUCGCAUAUGUGGGAAUCUCACAGUACAGAUAUAGGAAAGUUGAUGACACAGGCCCUAUUAGGUGAGAAUCUUCCAAGUGUCUCUGACUUUGUCCAAUUGAAGCAUGCCACCGAGAAAAUGUUUAUAAAACUCUUUUGUGAGAGCGGAGUUAAGGUCAAAAAGUCAGAAAAAAACAUUGCGCAUUUACUCGAUCGCAACCAAUUGGUCGUCGGGAUGGAUGGUCAGAAGUUGCGGCGUGAUAGGAAGAAUUUCGUGCGCAAGAAGGGUAAGAAAGCCAAUGAAACCGGGCUUCAUGAUGAGGACUUUCUCUUCGCUGAUAAUUUCAUCAGGAGGCCUCUUAUCGGAAAACCUAAAGCUAUACUCCCUAAGCUAUCGUGGCUAGCUCUGCUUGAAAAAGAGUGCUCUGCGUCCGCUAAUUUUUGGUCUUCCGCCGAUGAAAGCAAAAAUCAUUUGUUUGCAUUGCCAAAAUGCCGUCCUAAAACUUUGGGAAAAGGUUGGUUGCGUUCAAUCGAUGGCUGCACCUCUUCACCUCGCCGGUUUCCAAGGCUCUGUUUUUCUAGACUGCAAGCUUCGUCCUUAUCUCACGGCAAUCAUAUUAAGACAGUCAAACGGUGUAUAGCGGGUAUAUUCUAUCCUGUGCACCAGUUUUACCAUGUUAGGACUAUAUGUGCUGCGCGCAAUGACCCAGAGACUGCUUGUCGCCAGCUUAUACUGCAACCGUCGAAGUCGGAUUCACGUUCCGUAGCUCUGUCUCGGGUCUAUUCAUCGGAAUCAUGUGAUGCAACGCUAACGGCAGGUGAUGAGGCUUCUGGCGAAGCACGGGUACGCUCUGCGGCAACCGCCGUGUUGAUUGCAGCGAGUGAGCUUGCGGAUGAUUCCUAUAUAAACAUCUCCAACAUAAGGCAGCUUUCUAUGUUAGCGAAUUCCCCCUACCUUCGGCAACAAGCAUUGCCACCACGUCAACAACAACAGCCUCAGGACGAUGUUGCGAUGGAUUCACAGCCUGAUGCACAUCCUACGCUAUCGUUAACUCUGUUGACAGGUUCGCCGCUUCUUCGGGACAACACGUUUACUUCAUUCUUAGGGGAAAGGGAUUCUCAGCAACGUGUUAUGUCUGCUGGUGGUGGGCGUAUCCGCAUAACAUUCCCGCCGCGUAUAGAGCCAUCCGAUUUCCAUACAUCGCACGUUCGUCGUAGUACCGGUCGGGGUCUACGCAUUCGCCCGUCCGAUCCCUCUCUUGCCCAUAUUGAUUCUAAUGCGACUGCGGCACUUGGUGAGGAGAUUGCUAUUUCGUCUGGGUCCCGGGAACCCGCAAACAUCAAUGUUAGGGGUAUUCUACGUCUUAUAAUGCGCGGUAUUGUGGGUGAUUCGUUACCAAAUGCGGAUGCGAUGAUACAAUUGGCUCCAGAUGCUGGCACUGAGCUUCCUAGCACGGGUGUUCGGCAGGAUCACGAUCCACCUGUGGAUAAGAAAGAUGAGCCUGUUGCGCAAUGCCCCGAGGAAACGACCAAAGGCAGCUUUAAGACUGCGUACGAACGCGAUGAUUCAGGUGAUUAUGUACGAAUAUUCCUACCAUACGAGAGCCCGAUAUCUGUACUGAUUUGCGCUGGCUAUCUCUUGUACCCCCGCCUUAUUGACGUAGUUGGGAUGCAACGUAUGAAUGAGAGUAUAUCGUCGGAGUUCGGUUCAUUGAUGCGAUCAUUCAAGCAGCUGCCUAUAGAGUCGGACCUGGGUCCAGCGUUUUGGUUUCACAGCUACUUGACAUGUCCCAUAUCGAAGGAUCAAACUUGUAGCCAUAACCUGCCGGUUAUGCUUCUAUGUGGCCACGUGAUUUGCAGUCUUUGCGCUGCAAACUUCGCCAGUAGUCGUCGCAAACUACAGUUCAAGUGUCCCAUGUGCCCUCAGAUGAUCACCCCCGGCGAGGUGAAAAAGCUAUUUUUGGACUGGAAUUCUUGCGGGUUAGAUGAUUCUCAUUAA